CUGUGAGGAGCUCGCAGAUUUUUUUUUUUUUUUUCCUGCCAAACCAGAAUUAGCCGGUAUUGGAAUGAAGCAGCGUGAAGAUCGGAAAUUGCAUGGGUUAGAAGGAAGCUCGGGGUAGACUCGGAUUCUUCCAAAUGCACCCUUUUUAAAGGCUCCAGGACGGAAGCAUAGAGCCUAAGGCUCCAGAAGGUUCACCUGGCCAGACAGGGAAAGGAAGGCGAGUCCGGGAGCCCCGCACCCAGCGCACGGAGCCGGGCGAAGAGCCGAGCCCCAGCCACCGCAUCUGCAGGAUGCUAGUCGAUAUUGCCACCAAUCCCCACGCCCUGCGGCCCCGGGUUCUCGGAACAGACCUGGAAGUUCACGGGUCGAGACCCGGAGCCAAGUGAGACCGUUGCCCAGCGGAUUGCGUGCAAAAACCUUAGAACCAUGUAUGCAAGUCAUGAAGAUAUCGGGUAUGACCUUGAAGGUGAUACCAAGGCUAAGAAGCCCCUGAAGCCCCACCCAGACAUUGAUGGCGGGUGGGCCUGGAUGCUGGUCCUUUCUUCCUUCUUUGUACACAUCCUUAUCAUGGGCUCACAGAUGGCCUUGGGAGUCCUCAACGUGGAGUGGCUUGAAGAGUUCCACCAGAGCCGUGGCCUGACCGCCUGGGUCAGCUCCCUGAGCAUGGGCAUCACCUUGAUCGUGGGACCUUUCGUCGGCUUGUUCAUUGACACCUGUGGGUGCCGCCAGACAGCAAUCAUUGGAGGCCUGGUGAACUCCCUCGGCUGGGUGUUGAGUGCCUAUGCAGCCAACGUGCAGGCUCUCUUUAUUACCUUCGGAAUGGCAGCUGGCCUCGGCAGCGGGAUGGCCUACCUGCCUGCGGUGGUCAUGGUGGGAAGGUACUUUCAGAAGAGACGAGCCCUGGCCCAGGGCCUUAGUACCACAGGGACAGGGUUUGGGACAUUCCUGAUGACCAUUUUGCUGAAAUACUUGUGCGCAGAGUAUGGCUGGAGGAAUGCCAUGUUCAUACAAGGUGCCGUAUCCUUGAACCUGUGUGUUUGUGGGGCGCUCAUGAGGCCCCUCUCUCCUGGGAAAGUAGAAAACUGCCCAAGACGGGAGGAGCCCCGUGCCCUCCCAGCUUACCCCACUGAAUCUGUAAAAUCAGGAGGACCUCUGGGCAUGACUGAAGAACAAGACAGACAGCCUGAGAAUGAGGAGAUUGUCUGUGACCUUCAAGCACAGGAGUGUCAAGGUCAAGCCCAUCCUAGGAAGAACGUGUGUGCUUUCCGGGUUCUGAAGACAGUGAGUCAGCUCACUGUCCGAGUCCAGAAGGGCUUCAGGGCCUGGUACUCGGGCUAUUUCGGAACAGCCUCGCUCUUCACCAACCGCGUGUUUGUAGCCUUUAUUUUCUGGGCUCUGUUUGCAUACAGCAGCUUCGUCAUCCCUUUUAUCCACCUGCCGGAAAUCGUCAGUUUGUAUAACCUGUCAGAGCAAAACGACGUGUUCCCUCUGACCUCAAUUAUAGCAAUCCUUCACAUCUUCGGGAAGGUGAUCCUUGGGGCGGUGGCUGACCUCCCCUGCAUCAGCGUCUGGAACGUCUUCCUCAUCGCUAACUUCACCCUGGUCUCCAGCAUCUUCCUUCUGCCACUGAUGCACACCUAUGCGAGCCUGGCUGUCGUUUGCGCUCUGAUUGGGUUUUCCAGCGGGUAUUUCUCCCUCAUGCCGGUGGUGACGGAGGACCUGGUUGGCACUGAGCACUUGGCCAAUGCCUAUGGCAUCAUCAUUUGUGCCAAUGGCAUCUCAGCUUUAUUGGGACCACCAUUUGCAGGGUGGAUCUUCGACAUCACACAAAAAUACGACUUCUCCUUUUAUAUCUGUGGUUUGCUUUACACGGUAGGAAUACUCUUUUUGCUCAUCCAACCCUGUAUUCAGAUGGUAGAACAAUCCAGAAGAAAGUACACAGAUGGUGCACAUGUUUAGUUUGUGUCGUGAAACACUUCAUGUGAGUCCUCUCUUCAGCCUACCUCACCUGGUCGCUAGAGGGCGCUCUGUGGUCACUGGCGGUAAAUGCCACUGUCAUUUUCUCAUCUGGAGCAGCAUGGCCUCCGGAGGGGGCAGAAGUGAUUAGAAUGGCGUAUGUCUUAGAGAUGAUGGUGUUUAGAGCUUAUUAAGUAGUUGAUGCAGGUGCCCUGAUGAAAACUUAAACCAGGCAUGGUGGCAAAUGCCUGUUAUCUCACCUCUAGGUGGAGGCAAGAAAAUUGGAGAGUCAAGGUUAGCCUCUGCUACUUAGUGAGUUCCAGGCCAGC